UACAUUAUUUUUAUAUUUAGAUAUGAGAGUAUAUAACUCUACUAUUAAACGUAUUUUGGAUUGUAUACCGGGAAAAAAACGUUUCGGACUAUAUCGAUUUCUUCCAGUAUUUUUCGGUUUGGGAGCUGCAUUGGAAUACUCUAUGAUAAAUUGGACAGUUGGAGAAACGAAUUUCUAUCGGACGUUUAAAAAACGCCAGGCGAAAAACUACGUUGAGGAAAAACUACACCAUACCAUUACUCGGGACACAACCCAAACUUCGUAAAUUUAUAUUGUUCACUUUGUCGGGAUGCCUGCUGGUGUAUCGUGGGGCCAAUACAUAAAGUUUAUGUCGUGUGCUUUACUCUCUAUGAUGGCCGGCUCACAAUUGGUCCAUAUGUACUAUAAACCUCUUAAAGAUUUAGAUUCAUAUAUUGAGCAAGAAAUGAAACAAGCCAAAAAAACUUAACCGCCGUUUUACAAUAUGUAUUCUAAUACUUUUCUUCAUUAAAUGGGACAUUUUUAAA